AUGGAUUUGCCCGAAAAACUGAUGAUCAAUAGGGUGUCCAGUCGUCUGGGACUGACUCGGCUGUCGUUCCACCCGUACUCAUACAAAGAGCUCGAGGCUAUUGUCGAGUCGCGGCUGUCGGGCCUGUCGGACGUGUUCGACGGCGACGCCUUGCAAUUGAUUUGUCGCAAAGUGGCGGCCGUUUCGGGCGACGCUCGCCGGGCGCUCGACUUGUGUCGACUGUCCGUACAGACGGCCCAAAUGGCGGACGAGUCGAUGGUGUCGCUCAAGUCGGUGGACGCGGCCCUCCACGAGAUGUUCAAUUCACUCAAAUUGGUUCGCAUUCGCGACGCCGCCCUCCAGGAGAAGCUCUUCCUGCGGUCUGUUGUGCAGGACUUCCGUGUGUCGGGCGUCGAGGAGUCGAGCUUUAUAGACGUCUAUCGCCACCACAUCGAGAUGUGUCACUUCGAGGGCCACUACCCGCCCAGUACUGUCGAGUUGGAGAGGAUUGCCUACAAUCUGCACACUUCGAGGCUUAUUAUACUGGAGAAGAGCGGUUCCCAUCUCUAUAAACGCGUUCGCCUUAACGUAUCGGUCGAUGACAUCAACUUUGCUCUUAAAAUAUUCAAUGACUUCCGGAGUAUUGUAAUCAGAUAUGAGACAGAUUUGAAUGAAGUGGCCGUCGCUUACAUCAGACCCGUUAUCAAUGGUUGCCAUUCAUAUAAUGGGAUAUUAUAUUCAACGGAUUCCACUGUCAAAGACAAGAUAACAUCAAACACUUGUAAUCUUAACGGAACUCAACUCAGAGUUGUUGUAAAUAUCGAUCUGCCGUAUUGUGACCUAGAGUACAAAGAUGGCAAAUAUGUGUUGAAGAAGUCAAUAGAGAUGAAGAUGAUAGAGCUAAUGGCUGAGAGAUUCAAUUUCGUGUAUGAAGUCGUUUACGCGAACCAGAGUUGGGGUACUCUUCAGAACGGCGUUUGGACGGGAAGUGUCGGACAUCUCUAUAAUAAAGAUGCGAUCGAAACGUUGGAAGACUUAACAAAAGCGGCAAAGAGUAGCGAAUACUCGAUCGUAACGGUUCCCAACUCUUUCUAUUAUGAACUGUUUAUCCACAACAGCCCGUGUUGUGGUGCAUACCAUACCAUCGGAACAAAUAUAAACAGAUCGAUGACUGAAUUCCAACUGCCGGCCAGUACACAGAUGGGCAUUGAACUCAUCAGUGAAGCCAUUCGUCACAAUAAGAUCGUUAUAUUCAUCUACACAUCUGUUCCCUUAAUGUUCGGGAUCCGGACGUACGCUACCGUUGAAAUGUACAUCUCAUCCGAGACUCUGAUGAUGGACCAGAUGGCUAUGGCUUUGCCAAAGGGAUCGCCGCUUCUCAGAUCAAUGAAUAAGGCUAUUGAACAGUUCACCGAAAAUGGUUUGUACGACAACUGGCAGACAGAGACCAUGAACUCGAUCCCGGCUAAAGUACACGUCGAGGACACCAAAGGCUCUCCAAUCGAUUUAAUCAAAGACUUACCACUCAAAGACAUUCAAAGCAUUUUCUAUAUUUGCAUUUUAGGUCUUUUGUGGUUUGGCAAUGAAUUGCAUUAA